UCAGCAGGAGGCCUCGGGCUAGGGCCCCCCACCUCUGCCCCACUUCGCCGCCGGCCUUCACCUCAGCCACACCCACACGCUGAGGACCAUCCAGGAGGGGGAGCGUGAGCGCGUGAGAGCGCGCGCGCCUGCGUGCUCCCGGGUAGCCGAGGCAGAGACAGAGACAGAGAGGGAGACGGAGACAAAAAGAGACAUGGAGAGAGUGAGGAGGGACAGACAGACAGAGCCGGGCAGAAAGAGGGAGGAGGGCCAAAGAGGGACGUGGAGGAGAGAGGCGCGCUCGCUCCUGACCCUCGCGAGGAAAACUACUGAAGAUACUGCGGGGAGUUCCUGCGGGAAGACUGAGGUGGAAGAUCCCAGAACUUAUCCUAAGACCGUCGACCCAUAUCCAGCCAUCUUCAUGGACCCAAGUGAUUUCCCUAGUCCAUUUGACCCAUUGACCCUGCCAGAGAAGCCGCUGGCUGGAGACCUUCCAGUAGACAUGGAAUUUGGAGAGGAUCUGCUGGAAUCCCAGACUGCCCCGACUCGCGGAUGGGUGCCCCCUGGCCCUUCUCCAUCCUCGGGAGCCCUGGACCUGCUUGAUACCCCUGCUGUCCUGGAAAAAGACCCUGGCGUAGUCCUGGAUGGAGCCACUGAGCUGCUGGGGCUGGGAGGGCUACUCUACAAGGCCCCCUCCCCCCCAGAGGUGGACCAUGGUCCUGAAGGAACCCUUGCAUGGGAUGCAGGAGAUCAGACCCUAGAACCUGGGCCCGGGGGCAAGACCCCUGAGAUAGUGCCACCUGAUCCAGGGGCUGGGGCAAAUCCCUCUUCCCUCGAGGGGCUGCUCCAGCCUUUGGCUCCAGAUUCCCCAAUAACCCUGCAGCCCCCCCAUGCUGAAGAUGAGGAGACCACCUCCAUAGCUAUGGGGAGAAGGGGCUCCCCUGGGCAAGAGGAGGAGCUUCCCCAAGGGCAACCACAGAGCCCAAAUGGCCCCCCUAGCCCUUCAGUGGGAGAGACUCUGAGGGAUGGAAUCAAGACUUCUCAGACCAAACCUGGGGGCUCUAGCCCCCCCGCACAUCCUUCCUUACCAGGAGAUGGCCUGACUGGGAAGGCGAGUGAGAAGCCGCCUGAGAGGGUACAGAAGAGAAGCGAACGCGUUAGAAGAGCAGAACCUCCCAAACCUGAGGUUGUGGAUUCCACUGAGAGCAUUCCGGUGUCAGAUGAGGAUUCUGAUGCCAUGGUAGAUGAUCCCAAUGAUGAGGACUUUGUGCCAUUCCGGCCCCGGCGUUCUCCUCGCAUGUCGCUACGCUCAAGCGCGACACAGAGGGCUGGACGCUCCUCAACGGCCACCAAAAUGACUUGCGCACACUGCCGGACACCGCUGCAGAAGGGGCAGACAGCCUAUCAGCGCAAAGGGCUGCCUCAGCUCUUCUGCUCUUCCUCCUGUCUUACCACCUUCUCCAAGAAGCCCUCAGGCAAAAAGACCUGUACCUUCUGCAAGAAGGAGAUCUGGAACACCAAGGAGUCCGUUGUGGCUCAGACUGGCUCAGGAGGCUCCUUCCAUGAGUUCUGCACAUCUGUCUGUCUCUCCCUGUAUGAGGCCCAGCAGCAGCGCCCGCUCCCCCAGUCUGGGGAUCCGGCUGAUGCCACUCGCUGCAGCAUAUGCCAGAAGACUGGAGAGGUCCUGCAUGAGGUCAGCAACGGCAGCGUGGUGCACCGGCUCUGCAGCGAUACUUGCUUCUCCAAAUUCCGCGCCAACAAGGGACUGAAAACCAACUGCUGUGACCAGUGCGGGGCUUACAUCUACGCCAAGUCCGGAAGCCCUGGCCCUGAGCUCCUCUUCCACGAGGGCCAACAAAAGCGGUUCUGCAACACAACCUGCUUGGGGGCAUACAAGAAGAAAAACACACGUGUGUACCCCUGUAUUUGGUGCAAGACCCUGUGUAAGAACUUUGAGAUGCUAUCACAUGUGGAUCGGAAUGGCAAGACCAGCCUGUUCUGUUCCCUGUGCUGUACCACUUCUUACAAAGUGAAGCAGGCAGGGCUCACUGGCCCUCCCCGACCCUGCAGCUUCUGCCGCCGCAGCCUCUCUGACCCCUGUUACUACAACAAGGUUGACCGCACAGUCUACCAGUUCUGCAGCCCCAGCUGCUGGACCAAGUUCCAGCGCACAAGCCCUGAGGGGGGCAUUCAUCUGAGCUGCCACUACUGCCACAGCCUCUUCAGUGGCAAACCUGAGGUCUUGGAUUGGCAGGACCAGGUGUUCCAGUUCUGCUGCCGUGAUUGCUGUGAGGAUUUCAAGAGGCUUCGGGGUGUGGUGUCCCAGUGUGAGCACUGCCGGCAAGAGAAACUUCUGCAUGAGAAACUCAGAUUCAGUGGAGUGGAGAAGAGCUUCUGUAGUGAAGGCUGUGUGCUGCUAUACAAGCAGGACUUCACCAAGAAGCUGGGUUUGUGCUGCAUCACUUGCACUUACUGCUCCCAAACCUGCCAACGUGGGGUCACUGAGCAGCUGGAUGGCAGUACCUGGGACUUUUGCAGUGAGGACUGUAAGAGCAAGUACCUACUGUGGUAUUGCAAGGCUGCCCGGUGCCAUGCCUGUAAGCGCCAGGGAAAGCUGCUGGAGACCAUCCACUGGCGUGGGCAGAUCCGUCAUUUCUGCAACCAACAGUGUCUGCUGCGCUUCUACAGCCAGCAGAACCAACCCAACCUGGACACCCAGAGUGGGCCCGAGAGCCUCCUGAACAGUCAGUCUUCUGAUUCAAAACCCCAGACACCCUCUCAAACCAAAGUGGAGAACAACACCACAGUGAGGACCACAGAGGAAAGUGGGAAUUUGGGCAAGAUCCCUGCAAAGACCCGAUCAACUCCGACUUCCACUCCUCCUCCACCCCCACCUCCUCCAGCUACACCACGCAAAAACAAAGCUGCCAUGUGUAAGCCACUGAUGCAGAAUCGAGGCAUCUCAUGCAAGGUGGAAAUGAAGUCCAAAGGAAUUCAGACAGAAGAGUGGAAGCCACAGGUGAUUGUGCUGCCCAUCCCAGUGCCCAUCUUCGUGCCAGUGCCUAUGCAUCUGUACUGCCAGAAAGUCCCGGUGCCUUUCUCCAUGCCUAUUCCGGUGCCUGUGCCCAUGUUCUUGCCCACUACCUUGGAGAGCACAGACAAGAUUGUUGAGACCAUUGAGGAGCUGAAGGUGAAGAUCCCUUCCAACCCCUUGGAGGCUGACAUCCUGGCUAUGGCAGAAAUGAUUGCAGAGGCUGAGGAGUUGGACAAGGCCUCAUCAGAUCUUUGUGAUCUUGUGAGUAACCAAAGCGCAGAGGGACUUCUGGAAGACUGUGACCUGUUUGGGCCUGCUCGAGAUGAUGUCCUGGCCAUGGCUGUCAAGAUGGCCAAUGUCUUGGAUGAACCUGGGCAAGACUUGGAGGCAGACUUCCCCAAGAAUCCUUUAGACAUUAACCCCAGUGUAGACUUUUUGUUUGACUGUGGCCUGGUAGGACCUGAGGAUGUGUCUGCCGAACAAGACUUGCCCCGAACCAUGAGAAAGGGUCAAAAGCGGCUGGUGCUUUCAGAAAGCUGUUCCCGGGAUUCCAUGAGUAGCCAGCCUAGCUGUACCGGACUCAACUAUUCAUAUGGUGUCAAUGCUUGGAAGUGCUGGGUACAGUCAAAAUAUGCCAACGGAGAAACCAGCAAGGGCGAUGAGCUGCGUUUUGGCCCCAAACCCAUGCGUAUCAAAGAGGAUAUUCUCGCCUGCUCAGCUGCUGAACUGAACUAUGGCCUGGCUCAGUUUGUGAGAGAAAUCACUCGACCCAAUGGUGAACGAUAUGAACCUGAUAGUAUCUACUAUUUGUGUCUUGGCAUCCAACAGUACUUGCUGGAAAAUAACCGAAUGGUGAACAUUUUCACGGACCUUUACUACCUGACUUUCGUUCAAGAACUCAACAAGUCUCUGAGUACCUGGCAGCCCACGCUCCUCCCCAACAAUACAGUGUUCUCCCGAGUGGAGGAAGAGCACCUCUGGGAGUGUAAGCAGCUGGGGGUCUACUCACCCUUUGUCCUUCUCAACACCCUCAUGUUCUUCAACACUAAGUUUUUUGGGCUGCAAACAGCUGAGGAACACAUGCAGCUGUCCUUCACCAAUGUGGUACGGCAGUCUCGCAAGUGUACCACCCCUCGGGGCACCACCAAGGUGGUGAGCAUUCGCUACUAUGCCCCAGUCCGCCAGAGGAAAGGGCGAGACAUAGGUCCUGGGAAACGGAAGAGAGAAGACGAAUCCCCAAUCUUAGAGCAACGUGAGAACCGCAUGAAUCCCCUCCGCUGUCCUGUCAAGUUCUAUGAAUUCUAUCUCUCAAAAUGUCCCGAAAGCCUUCGGACUCGAAACGAUGUAUUCUAUCUGCAACCUGAGCGCUCCUGUAUCGCUGAGUCACCUCUCUGGUAUUCUGUGAUCCCCAUGGACCGAAGCAUGUUGGAGAGCAUGCUCAAUCGCAUUCUGGCUGUGCGUGAGAUUUAUGAGGAACUGGGGAGCCGUCCUGGGGAAGACGAUAUAGACUAGAAUCCAUGUGCCAUCCAUAUCCAUCUGUCACAUCAUGUCCUGUGGUCUUGUCCCCGCACAGUGACUGGCCCAGGAACCAAUGCUACUCAUCCUGAAGGGCCUGACCGCCCAUUUCUACUCACCCCUUCCCUGCCUUCCCUUGGAACCCCUGGCUCUUACCUCCUUCCGUAUCACUUGAUAACCAAGGGGCCCCAGUCUUCUGUACUCCCAAUUAUGGGCAGAAACCAGCUGGCCCAUUUUCAUUAUGCUUCAGAGUAAAACUGCUUCUGGAGGAAGACUGUGGGUAGAGUGUUAACAGCUCCGGUGAUCCUGUUGGCUUUGGGUUUCCUAACCCACCACCCUGCAUAGGCAAGGUCCGUCCUUCCUGGGUUUGACUUAGGGAAGAACCCAGCUGCCUUCUCUGCCCUGUGCCCACUCCCUUCUCUAGUCUUCCCCAGAACCAUGUGAAAGGGUCUUGUCUGACAGGUAUGGAAGAAAUGAUGAAAAGUAAUGAGAGGACCAUUUAUCUAAAACAUAGACCCUAGGCACUCUUCCCCUCCUGCAAGAUAAUUGGUGGUUGGCACCCUCUCAUCACCAUGUCCCCCACCCCAUCCAUAUAAGCGCCAAGCCUUGGUACUGCAACUUAAAAAAAAAAUUCCCAAUGCUUUUUUUUUUCCCUCAAAGGCAGAGAAUGACUUAAAAGUACGGGAAGCAGACUCCUCUUGUGCAGACGCCUAUUCCCUUGGUCUAUGUUUUUGUCUCUCUGCCAUGUUAUGUUGGUGUGAGCUAUGGUGUCAACAUGCUUAGCCCCCUCUGCAAUUGCCGCCCUUUAGUUCAGUGGACAGAGCUGCCAAGACAAAAACUACCUUCUGACCUGGCUUGGGGCUGGAUUUCCCACUCUCGUUUUAGGAAUGAGGAGGGACACUGAUCAGUAUGCAUCUUGCUCAUCGUAAGAGCCAGACCAAUUUUAUGAGGGCCUGGAUUGUGCUGGAUGGGAUCUGUGGUCAAAGGCUUAGCUGAGGAGCUGUGGGUGUGGGCAUAGGGCCUGCCUCCGCUGCCUACAUCUCUUCCCCGUCUUGCCUUUUGUAGUCUCAGAACGCUGUUAGUGUCUGGCAAAGGAGGUGUACCCAGUUUUUUUCCCUGUUGACUUUGCUGUUCCCCAGCCUCCUUUUUUUGUGUUUUUAUAACUGUCACCAGUUUAGCCACUGUUUAAAUUGUAUAUAUUGUUCUGAGGCACAUGGCCUGUCCCUUAAGUGAGCCAUGCCCACCCUUGUGUUGUAGUGAGAAACUGUUGUCACGACUAACCUUCUGUCUCUGGAAUUGUUUGUUUCAAAUAAAGAGUUAAAGUUG